UAUCAAAUCGCGAUCUAUUAAUGUUUUGACCGGAUGCUGUUAUUAAUUUAGUUAUAUAAUAAUUGUGCGUAAAUAAAUCUAUCGGAGCGAGGAAAUCGAAGAUCGGGUUAAAAAGCUAAGCUUGGAGAGCGAAAGCAGGCGAAGGGAAAGGGGAGAUCGGAACGAGAAGGGUCUCUAGGGCUAGCGAAGGAGCACGAUGGAGGACGGAGCUCAGCCGACGGACACCGAGAUGAUGGAGGCGGGAGCGCAACCUCAGCCGGCUGCCGCGCCCGCCGGGCAGGGUGGCCUCGACAACAUCCAGGAGACCCUCAGCCACGGCGGCCGGUUCAUCCAGUACAACAUAUUUGGAAACAUCUUCGAGGUUACCUCCAAGUACAAACCCCCAAUCAUGCCCAUCGGCAAGGGAGCCUACGGGAUCGUAUGCUCGGCUUUGAAUUCGGAGACGGGCGAGCAGGUUGCGAUAAAGAAGAUAGCAAACGCGUUUGAUAACAAGAUUGAUGGGAAGAGGACUUUGCGGGAGAUAAAGCUUCUCAGGCACAUGGAUCAUGAAAAUAUUGUUGCAAUCAGAGAUAUAAUACCACCUCCUGCACGGAACACAUUCAAUGAUGUCUACAUUGCUUAUGAGUUGAUGGACACAGAUCUGCAUCAAAUUAUUCGCUCAAAUCAGGCUCUUUCUGAGGAGCAUUGCCAGUAUUUCCUUUAUCAGAUUCUUCGGGGGCUAAAGUACAUACAUUCAGCAAAUGUUCUUCACAGAGAUUUGAAACCAAGCAAUCUCCUCUUAAAUGCCAACUGUGAUCUGAAAAUUUGUGACUUUGGGCUUGCUCGGACUACCUCGGAAACUGAUUUUAUGACAGAAUAUGUUGUUACAAGAUGGUAUCGAGCUCCAGAGCUGUUGUUGAAUUCUUCAGAAUAUACUGCAGCAAUUGAUGUCUGGUCUGUUGGUUGUAUCUUCAUGGAACUGAUGGACCGGAAGCCUCUAUUUCCUGGAAGGGAUCAUGUGCAUCAACUAAGGUUAUUGAUGGAGCUUAUUGGCACUCCAGAUGAGACCGAAUUGGAUUUCCUGAAUGAGAAUGCAAGAAGAUACAUAAGUCAACUUCCUCGUCAUCCAAAACAGUCCUUGCCUGAAAAAUUUCCACAUGUUAAUCGUACAGCUAUUGAUCUCGUCGAAAAGAUGCUAACAUUUGAUCCUAGGAAGAGAAUAACCGUUGAAGAAGCUCUAUCACACCCUUACCUAGCAUCUUUGCACGACAGCAGCGAUGAACCAGUGUGCAUGAUGCCCUUCAGUUUCGACUUUGAGCAGCAUGCACUUUCUGAAGAACAGAUGAAAGAGCUCAUCUACCGUGAGGCCCUUGCAUUCAACCCCGAGUAUCAGCAAUGAAUACGAUCUUAGUCCUCUUUAUUAGCGCAUUGAACUUUUAGUCUGUGUAAACGAAGUUAUUUGUAUUGUAUGGCACUAUCUCUGAUUUCUCAGUGUAUAUACCUAUGUGCCAGGUAGUGCUACUUGCCAUCUGUAUCUCCAUAACGCUGGAACUUGUUGAUUCUCAGGGUGGUGGUAAUACGGAAGCUUCUGAUUAAUUGAAUUCACUUGUCAGUUGUCACAUGGUUUGCCAGUAAGUUCGUUGACAAAAAUAAACAAAGUGGUGUAUUUUUUGGUUUCUAAUUCCAAUGAAAAAAACUUGUCUGGUGUUUGUUA